UUCCACCCACCUACUUCCGCUGUCCCCACCUCUUUUCUUCCGCCACCCGGAUAUGAGCCGUUCUCGCGAGAGCCGUCCCUCUUUCUAAGCCGGCGAUCCGUCAGGGCGAAGCCAUGUUCAGCUCGAGCGCCAAGAUCGUGAAGCCCAAUGGCGAGAAGCCGGAUGAGUUCGAGUCUGGCAUCUCUCAGGCGCUGCUCGAGCUGGAGAUGAACUCCGAUCUCAAGGCGCAGCUGCGGGAACUCAACAUCACCGCAGCCAAGGAAAUUGAAGUUGGUGGUGGUCGGAAAGCUAUCAUAAUUUUUGUACCAGUUCCUCAGCUUAAAUCUUUCCAGAAAAUCCAAGUCCGGCUAGUUCGUGAAUUGGAGAAGAAGUUCAGUGGCAAGCACGUGGUCUUCAUUGCUCAGAGGAGGAUUCUGCCCAAGCCAACCCGGAAAAGCCGUACGAAAAAUAAGCAGAAGCGCCCCAGAAGCCGCACCCUGACAGCAGUGCAUGACGCCAUCCUUGAGGACUUAGUCUUCCCAAGUGAAAUUGUGGGUAAGAGGAUCCGUGUGAAACUGGAUGGCAGCCGGCUCAUAAAAGUUCACUUAGACAAAGCACAGCAGAACAACGUGGAACACAAGGUUGAAACUUUUUCUGGUGUGUACAAGAAGCUCACAGGCAAGGAUGUUAAUUUUGAAUUCCCAGAGUUUCAGUUGUAAAGAAAAUGACUGAAUAAAGUGUCAUUCAUAGUA